AUGCCGUCUGGUGUUAGUAGUCACAUCUUUGCGCUCCAGUCGCAGAUCAUUAUUCCAGUUCUUAGUCUUUCGGAAAAGAAACAUCCUGCAGAGUCGGAAGGUGAGGAUAAUUUUCGUAGCGAGGAAGAACGUGACAAGGCCGGUGAUGUCGAAUCUAAAGGUGGUGCUGAGAUCGACAAUAAAACGUCCGGCAAUGGGAAAGUCAUUAUGGAGAUGGGUGAGGACGAUAGUACGUGGGCAGACGUGCUGGAUGAGGACGAACACGAAAUUCAAGGCACCGACAUUACCAUCGAUGGUGAAGAAAUACAAUAUGUGAUUAAUUGA